AUGACCUCCUCCUCUUCGCUGAAUGUGAUUGGUAUCGAGGAUGACAUGUUCAUGGGCGAAGCUCCUGGUUUCGGUGGCUGUAUCAAGCAGGUGGCGGCUGACUUUUUGGUGAACGAAAUCGAUUCGUCGGGCCGGCUGGUGGAGGCAUCAAGCCUCACCCUUCCUCCCGCGCCCCCAGCGCCAGUGUCAGCAUCUGGGCGACCCAUACCAUCAACGGCGGCCGGGAAUACCAUGGAACAGCAGUCCAACCGCAGCAAGAGUGGAGAUCAUGGCGCUGGCUCUUGCACGCGGGUGGGGCAGGCGGAAGAUGACUCUGAGCUCGACUGGGCCCAAGAGCUGCGGCGGUGUCUAGCGGGGUCAGAGUCCGAUUUUUCGAGGCUAGCAAGGCUCGACGCCGCAGCGAGAGGAGCCUCAGCACCAGCCCAAACGGCACCGUCGCCAACGCCAGUACCAGCAGUAGCGGGAAUGGGCUCAGCCGAGAAGAACGAAGGAAUGACACUCGCUGGGGAUGUGACUGGGCAGGAAACUGGAGCUUCUGAAGCAAGGGAGCAACAAUUGGCGGAGGCGGAGAAGGGAGAGACGGACGGCGCUGUACUUGUAUGGGUUCAUGCCGGGCAGGGGGCGGACAAGGCCGCUCGGGCCAGGGUGCAUCGUGCGGUACAGGAGACAUUUCCAUUCAUCAAGACUACAACUGAGAAGGCCCCCGAUGGGAGCGUUACGGUGGUGUGCACCCAGGCAUCGCCACUUCCGGCACUUCGUGGACUCUUAUCGGGACCGGAUUUAGAGGCUUUACAAAGGCUGGUCAACCGAGGGCCGAGCGGGAAAGGCGCAGAUUCAGGCGUGACUCUGUCAUCCGACAUGGACCGAGCGAACAGAACCCUGGUUCAUCGGGCCAUUUCAGAGGCGUUUCCGUAUCUGCAGACCAAGACGUGCAACGACCCGAAGGAUCCAAGUUCGCAGCGGGUGUCCGUAUUCUGGAGCAAGCGCAGGGGCGGUGGCGGUGGCAGAAAGCGGAAACGCCAGGGGUUUGACUCCCACGGCGGCAACGAUUCAGGCCGCAAAUGUGGGGGCGCUAACGAGGGCUCCGGAACACGAUGGGUUCGGUUUGGCCUCCGCAAAGAAGGGCGCGAGCACCACGUGACCGCGUUAGCGUUGUCCAAGGCGCUGCGCGUCCCUUUGUCGGCGUUGUCCUUCGGAGGCAUCAAGGACAAGAGGGCCAUCACCACGCAGGCGUGCAUCGUGAAAGGGGUUCCGCCAAGAAAAAUCCUGGAAAUCAACGGCUCUAUUCCCGGAGUUACCGUUGGCAACCUAUCAUACUGCGCUCGUGGCCUCAAUUUGGGGGAACUGUCUGGCAACAAGUUUUCGGUCGUAGUGCGAGGCGUCAUGGUGCCGGGGGCGGCUGUGAAGAGCUCCCUUGAGGAAGCAUGCUCUAACGGUUUCAUAAACUUCUAUGGAACACAGAGGGUUGGGUCGCCGCUUGCCGCGGCUCGAGGACAGCCGCUUCCGUACCAGAUCGGCAGACACGUUUUGGCCGGCGACUGGGAAGCAGCGGUGAAGAAAAUUCUACAGCCCAGAGACAACGAUCCACCCUUCCUGCACUCGGCCCUCGCUGAGUUUUUUGAGGGCAAGAUCACCGCAAAAGAUUGCGCAGCGCGCGUGAGGGGCCGAAACCGACUGUCCACGGAGCGAUUAGUUCUGCAGGGCUUGGUUCGCUACGGCGCUUCCGCUUUCCAAGCCGCUAUUCAGUGCGUCCCUUUUGGCAUGCGCACGAUGUGGGUGCACGCCUACCAGAGCCAUGUUUGGAACUCCUUGGCCUGCGCGAGGAUUCGCCUGCUCGGGUCUGAAGCGGUACCCGGCGACCUCGUACUCCCGGCCGACGUUUGCACCGCCACCGAGGAAAUCGGGGAAAUGUCCCCUGCAUUUACCGGUGCUGUGUCGGCUGGGACCGAGGAUUCACUCCCAUCUUCUUGUGCUGCAAGAGCGCCUGCUGCAAGAGAGGAUGGCGAAACCGAGGAAACAUGCCCCGGGAGGCACGUCAACGGACUGCUGUCCUCUACCACUGCUGCGGUCGGCGACGGUGCUAAGGGGAGCGGGCAUGAGGCCGGGGAUGGUCACACCGGUAGGGAAUCUGCCGGCAGCAGUUCCGUUGCGAGUGGCAGAGGGAGAGGGCUGGUUACGGCCUUGACGAGUGAGACGAUACAGGCGUUCGCGUCCGAGGGUGUGACACCUAGGGACUUGCUGCGACGAGUCGUCCUACCGCUGGCCGGAACAUCGAUUCAGUAUCCCCUCCAUCAGAUCGGAAGCAUGUACCGGCAACGGCUCCAGGAAGAUGGUGUCGAUCCUCUCAUGUGGCCGGCACCAACACCACCCUUCAAAACACAUUUUCCUCGACUGCCUGACGGGACAACACGUGCGACAGCAAUUGACGCGGCGGGGUUAACGGCAUCCCAAGCACCUCUGACCGGUGCCCCUUGCCUGUCGCGGGGGAUAGGAGGUGAUGUUGGCGGCAGGGACAGCACGGCGGCGGAAACCGUGACGGUGGCGACUGAGGAGGCGGUCGCGUCCUCUACGCUAGUACCAAGGGGCGCCUACCGCCGGCUGCUGUGCGUGCCUGUGGAUUCGUCUUGGGAAGCGGUGGCUCCGUUAACGAAAGCCGACGAUCCAGAAGAGGUUCGAAUCAAACGGUCGUCCAUGUCUGGCCGCGGCCAACCAAACGGGACCACCCCUCCAGGUGAUGCGGCUACUGCGCCUGGUGAUAAAGGGAGAGUACCAUUAAAAGACGGGCAUAGUGAUGGCUCGCAAGUAUCGGGGGAUGGUGGGCAAUCGGGAGGGUUUGCAAAGGAUAGAGGCGGGGCAGAUCUUAAGGCUGCGUCUGCCAACGACGUGUUGACCGACGUUCGCCUCACGUUCACACUGCCCCCCGGCAGCUUCGCGACCAUGUGUCUUAGGGAAGUAAUGAAGAGGAAUGAUGAUGUUGGUUGGGGGUCACGGGGUGCAAUGGAGGAACCACAGGAGGAGGGGGGGGUUGCGGACACCAUUGCGGUGGACAGGACGUUGUAGGGUUAGAUUCCGUGAUUCUCUUGGCUGCGCCAACGGACGUCAGGAAUCAUGACACGGGCAAGCUUGCCAAGGCUCGGGGAGCAGUCUGCCUGUCAGAGUUGCGUCGUUCAGGUUCACUAACGUAUUUUCUAGAAGCUGCAGCUGCGAGAUGAAAAUCUUCACGGAU